CUGCUUUAAGCAACUUAGUUAUGCUCUUUUCCCUUUCCUUUCCCUAUUGAAUGAGCUAUUAUGUCUUACUAAUUUUACUACCAAAAUUAUUCCUGUUAAUUUUACUACUGAAAUCUGUCCUCUUUAUAUUCCCAGUCUGUAGUUCUUCCUCAUUUCUGCUACCAAAUCAGCCUAGCUAAACACUUGGCCUCCAUCAUCACUACUGGUUGGCUUCCUAUUAAAAACAAUUUCUUCCUAAAAACUUAAAGCAGUUCCUGACUGACUAUAAAAUAAUGAGAAAAAGAAAUGGAGUGCUGAGCCUGGGGAGUAGUGAGGGAGAGGCGGUUGACACUUUUUAAAUAGACUGAUCAAGGUAACCCUCACUGAGGUAGUGAGGGAGCCAGCACUGGGAAUUUUUGAGGAAAACAUCCUCCACUCCCACCCUGUGUAAAGGCCAAGUCUACAGAGCGUGUACAUUCCAGGAAGAGCAAGGAAGCCAGUGUGGCUGAAGGAAAGGAGGCCAUAUAGAAUGAGUUGCAAACUAGCUAGCACUUUUACAGGUUUUGGUUUUGUGUGUGUGUGUUUGUUUCUUUUAAUUUAAAUGUAGGUAGACAAUGUUGGCACUUUCUAGGCCCUUUUCCUUCAUAUUACCUCACAAUGGUAUGUGUGUGUGUGUGUUUUAAACCUGUAGGACAUUUGUCACCUGUACAUUUAUAAGUCUUAAUAGGGAAAACAUCAUGUUCUGUCUUUAUAGGGUCUUAUGAAAGUAUAAAAUGGGAAGAAAAGGUGUUAUUUUUUUUUUAAAUAGGAAAAGCAAAAGAAAAUGCUUUGAAUCAAAUAGCCAAAACAGAAUGAGGUAUUAGGAAUCAAAUGCAUGGGAGAAAUCAAACCUUAGCCUCAGAAAUCUUGAAGCUGUAAAGAACUUGAAGAAAUUGUCUGUCAUGAUAUACCAAAGAAGAUAAGAUGCAGAAGUCCAGACCUAGGAAGCCACGAAGGACUAGAAAUGGGGAAAGUGAACUGGACGGGGACUUGGAAGGCCCUGUGAUCCACGAGCCUGUGCUUUCAGCAAAGGAGCUCCUGGGUUUACAGCAGGCUGAGGAGCGAUUGAAAAGGGACUGCAUUGACAGGCUGAAAAGGCGACCAAGAAACUACCCUACAGCAAAGUACACCUGCAAACUUUGUGAUGUUUUCAUUGAAUCUAUUGCAUUUGCCCAUAAGCAUAUCAAAGAGAAGAGGCACAAGAAAAACAUUAAGGAGAAGCAGGAGGAAGAGUUGCUCACUACAUUACCCCCGCCUACGCCCUCCCAGAUAAAUGCAAUUGGUAUUGCCAUUGACAAGGUUGUACAGGAGUUUGGGUUACUCAAUGAGAACUUGGAACAGAGACUAGAAAUUAAACGUAUCAUGGAAAAUGUGUUCCAACACAAGUUACCAGAUUGUUCUCUAAGAUUAUAUGGGUCAUCCUGUAGCCAAUUGGGUUUCAAAAAUUCGGAUGUAAACAUUGACAUUCAAUUUCCAGCCAUUAUGUCUCAGCCAGAUGUUCUCCUACUUGUUCAGGAAUGUUUAAAGAACAGUGAUUCUUUUAUUGAUGUUGAUGCAGAUUUUCAUGCUAGGGUGCCAAUGGUGGUGUGCAAAGAAAAGAAAAGUGGACUUCUUUGUAAAGUGAGUGCAGGAAAUGAACAUGCUUGUCUGACAACAAAUCACUUAACUGCCCUUGGAAAACUAGAACCAAAGCUGGUUCCUUUGGUGAUUGCAUUUAGGUACUGGGCAAAGCUUUGCAGUAUAGAUCGCCCUGAAGAAGGAGGUUUGCCACCCUAUGUGUUUGCCCUGAUGACAGUUUUCUUUCUUCAGCAGAGGAAAGAACCCCUUCUACCUGUUUAUCUAGGAUCAUGGAUUGAAGGAUUCUCAUUGAAUAAACUAGGCAACUUCAACCUAAAAGAUAUUCAGAAAGACGUCGUGGUCUGGGAAUACACUGAUAAUGCCACAGGGGAUGCUGCCACAGCAAAAGAAGAGGCACUAAAAAAAAUACCUGUUAAAACAGGACAGGUAUCAUUAAUAUUUGAUUUAAAACACCAGCCUUCAGUGCCAGUUGGGCAGCUCUGGGUGGAAUUGCUUCGAUUCUAUGCUUUAGAAUUUAAUUUGGCUGAUUUAGUGAUAAGUAUCCGAGUCAAAGAAAUGAUAUCUCGUGAAUCAAAGGAUUGGCCCAAAAAGCGCAUUGCCAUCGAAGAUCCCUACUCUGUUAAAAGGAAUGUGGCAAGAACCCUAAAUAGUCAACCUGUGUUUGAAUACAUACUUCAUUGUUUAAGAACAACAUAUAAAUAUUUUGCUCUCCCACACAAAAUUGCAAAAUCUAGCCUUCCGAAGCCUCUGAGUACUGUUACAUGUUCAGAACAUUCUAAAGAAGUAGCAAAGCAUGCUCCAGAUUUACAAGCAAAAAAUGAUAAACUCGAAAAGUCAGUUGUUGCUCAAGGUCCCAGUGCUCCCAGUUCAGCUGUAAAUACCUGCACAGCACAGCCAGUUACUCUUAAAGAGACUGCUGAAAGCUUUGGAAGCCCACCAACAGAGGGAACAGGAAGCACAGACAUCAGUGUCCACCUGGGAAACACAGGUUGUAUCAAGGUAGAAGUUAGUUGUGAUAAUCAUGAGGAUGUUCAUGUACACCAUGGAGAAACUGGAGGUAAAACUGAGAAAGAAAAAAUUGGAAGGGAGGGCAAGCAUCCUUUGACUGCUGAUGCUCGAGAUUUAAGCAGCAGCAAACGUGGAGAACCUCUCACCUCUGGUAGCACAGGAAAUACUAAGACAGAUUGCACUUUGGAUGUAGAAGGCUUCCAAAGCUCUACAGCUAAAGAAUGCGAUGGAUUUGCUACUUUAGAUAAUGACGUAGAUGUUGAUGAAGAAAGCUUAGAUGUUGAUGAACUAGAAGACUCUCUAAGCCACUUUGCCCUUUUAAGACGGAGUCAGACCUCAGGAGUCAUUCACUCUGAUGAAGAGGAGAAGGAGGGCGUUACCCGAAAAGAAGAUGAGGACGAUGGUGCUAAUGAAGAUGGGUUAGACAAUGCCUACACCGGAUCAGGGGAUGAGGAUGCCCUAUCUGAAGAGGAUGAGGAGGUAGGCGAGUCUAAGUAUGAAGACUCAAAAGAAUGUGGAAAAGAUGUGGAUGGAGCUCUACUAACAGAACUUAAUAAAAUCAGUCUUAAGGAGGAAAAUGUAUGUGAAGAAAAUUCAACCAUGGAUCCAUCUAACUACUAUGAAUUUAGUAAGCUCACCUUCACCAAAGGCAAGUCUCCUACAGUAGUGUGCAAUUUAUGCAAACGAGAGGGUCAUCUAAAGAAGGACUGCCCUGAAGACUUCAAAAGAAUCCAGCUGGAACCUUUGCCACCAUUGACACCCAAAUUUACAAGUAUCCUAGAUCAAGUUUGUAUCCAGUGUUAUAAGGAUUUUUCUCCAACUAUUUUAGAAGAUCAAGCUCGUGAACAUAUUCGGCAAAACCUAGAAAGUUUCAUAAGACAGGAGUUUCCAGGAACUAAAUUGAGCUUGUUUGGCUCUUCCAAAAAUGGAUUUGGGUUCAAACAGAGUGAUCUUGACGUCUGUAUGACAAUUAAUGGACUUGAAACUGCUGAGGGGUUGGACUGUAUAAGAACUAUUGAAGAACUGGCCAGAGUCCUCAAAAAACAUUCAGGUCUGAGAAACAUCUUGCCUAUUACAACAGCAAAGGUGCCAAUUGUAAAGUUCUACCAUUUGAGAAGCGGUCUGGAAGUAGACAUCAGUUUGUAUAACACAUUGGCCCUUCAUAACACAAGGCUUUUAUUUGCUUAUUCAGCCAUUGAUCCCAGAGUGAAAUAUUUAUGCUAUACCAUGAAAGUUUUUACAAAGAUGUGUGAUAUUGGUGAUGCAUCCAGAGGCAGCUUAUCAUCAUAUGCAUAUACACUUAUGGUGCUAUAUUUUCUCCAGCAGAGGAAACCACCAGUUAUUCCUGUCCUUCAAGAGAUAUACAAAGGUGAAAAGAAACCUGAAAUAUUUGUUGAUGGCUGGAAUAUUUAUUUUUUUGAUCAAAUAGAUGAACUGCCCACCUAUUGGCCAGAAUAUGGAAAUAAUACAGAAUCUGUUGGGCAGCUCUGGUUGGGACUUCUUCGUUUCUACACAGAGGACUUUGAUUUUAAAGAACAUGUUAUUAGCAUCAGAAGAAAAAGUCUGCUUACAACUUUUAAGAAACAGUGGACCUCAAAAUACAUUGUUAUUGAAGAUCCCUUUGAUUUGAACCAUAAUCUUGGAGCUGGAUUAUCAAGGAAAAUGACCAAUUUUAUAAUGAAAGCAUUUAUUAAUGGUAGAAGAGUAUUUGGUAUUCCAGUCAAAGGAUUUCCAAAGGACUACACCUCAAAAAUGGAGUACUUUUUUGAUCCAGAUGUGCUAACUGAAGGACAGUUGGCCCCAAAUGAUAGAUGUUGCCGAAUUUGUGGGAAAAUUGGACACUUCAUGAAGGACUGUCCUUUGAGGAGAAAAGUGAGGCGACGGCGAGAUCAGGAAGAUACCCCAAACCAAAGAUACCCUGAGAACAAGGACAAAAGAAGCAAAGAUGACAAAGAAGUUCAAAACAAGUGUGCUGAGAGGGAGGUGUCCGCAAAAGAGGAGACGCCCGUGCAGUACACGCCUCAGAAAGCCAAGCCGGUGAAGGCAGCUGUCGAUCUGGGGAGAGAGAAGGUGCUCAGGCCGUCGGCGGAAAAGUGGAAGAGACAGGAUGACAAAGACUUGAGAGAAAAACGUUGUUUUAUUUGUGGACGAGAGGGGCACAUUAAAAAGGAAUGCCCACAGUUCAAAGGCUCUCCAGGUAUGUUUAAAUCACAUUGGGUAUGUGGAUCCCCUUCUUCACCUAGUACUUUGAGACCAACUGAAACAUUUGUUCAGGCAGUGCUUUUACAUGAAGACAAAAAGAAACAAAAAGCAGCUAUAUUUUUGAGUCCCCAGUCAGGUAUGUGGGUUGAAAACAACAAAUGUGUGUUCUUUUACUUACUGCAUAGUUUCCACAUGCCUUUUGAGACACUUCUUUUGAAUAAGUCGUUUUAACAGGGAUUGGACAUCAGAAUCACUUGGGGAACUUUUAAAAAUAUAGUUACCCUGCCCCUCCUUCAUCUCCUAAAUCAGAUUCUUCAAGGAUUAGGCUUGGGCCUGUGUAUUUUUUUAAUUUAUAGGUGAUUCUUAUACCAUCCCUGAGAAGGAACCAUAGUCUUAAAUUAUUUGUUCCUCUUCCAUGCUUUUUGUUUCUGCGCUGAAAUUGCCACUGUGUUGUCAACAGUGUAAUCUCUUCAUGGAGAUUGUUCACUGCACCAAAGUAAGGAAAGAAAGUAAUUAUUGGUCUCAACUCCUCUCUCUCUCUCUCUCUCUCACUAAGUCAUUUAUUCAUUCCUUCAGCAAAUAUUUAAGGCCCACACCCACCCACUGAGGAUACAGCAUAGCCCCUUCUCUCAUUCUAGUCAGAGGAGAUACAUAAACAUUUCGUGUGGUGACAGGUGCUAAGAAAUAUAAAGCAGGAAAAGGGAAACAGAAUG